GAAAACUCCAUCCGCCAUUCCCCUCAACAGGCUAGCUUUCUCGCUUUAAUAACAUGGCUGCUCCAAAGUUGACUCCUGCCUUUAACAUGUUUGUGUCUGUGUCUAUACCGACAGGUAUGGCACCGGGGAAUGAACUGUCUUCCUUGACGGUUGUGAAUGGAGAGAAAGGAUAUAUCGCGCCAGUAGACGGAUCGGUCAGGUUAGAGGUAACGGGAGCGUCCGACUGGAUGCUCUUGGGUCCCAACACGGCGACUGCGACCGUGGAUGCUAGAGUCAGUGCGACAGGGCCCGACGGUAUUAAUCUGGAUUUGCAAUAUAUGGGUAAAUUCACGAUCACACCCAGGGUAACCAGCGUAUUCACCGGCACUCCCGGAAGCGGUUUCGAAUUUGGGGAAGAAUACUUCUACACAAUCCCGAGAAUUUCGAGCCGAAGUAAGGAGUUUGGAUGGGUCAACGAUUCCGUAUUUGUAGCUGUGGGGAGAGCGAAGUCUAUCGAGGAUGGUGCUGCUCUCGAGAUCGGAUAUCAAAUAUUCAAGGUCGGCUAGUCGUCCGAAUAUGAAAUAUAGUCGAUACUUCCUUGGGUUUUACAUUUUUAUUCUGUUGACGAAGUAACAUGUGUUGCUCUCUAUAUAAAAAAAUAUAUCUCCCACCAGCGACCCCACCAAAGGAUUCCAGAUGAGAUGUAUGGGAGUGUUGUGUAGGGGAG